AUGUCGGAACAUGCAAACAGUGAGACUGGAGGAGCACCACCAGCUAAAAAGAUGUUCGCUUUUAGGCAGUCAGCGUUAGCCGCAAAGGCUGAUCAAUUGUGGAGUCAAAGCAAGUCUGGCUUCGGCUUUGGUAUAACACCGUCUACACACGUUCAUUUGGAGAAGAAAUCACUGGAUGAUGUGCUCGGAAAGAUGGCUGCUGAAAAGAAACUGCGGCAAGAGCAGGAAGACAAAGGUCAACCGAUGUUCGUCUUUGGGUCUAAAAUUUCUGAUCGAGUAGUUAAGGAGGAAAAGCAGACAGCCUCUUCGAAUGGUACUGCCAAUGAUGGAAAGAACGGAGACGAUGCUAAACCGAAAACAGCAGAAGAGCUGUUCAAAUAUGCUGCUCAACAGGAUAAACCUAAGCACGAACAACACGACUUCAUAGCUGAAGCAAAAGAAGCUGCAGAGAAGAAGAAAGAACACGAAAAGCCGAGCACGAGCAUAGUUACGGUGACAACUGGUGAAGAAAAUGACGUCAAUAUAUUCCAGACUGCUUGCAAGUUACAUUCGUUUGAUAAAGAAAAGAAGGCAUGGGUUGAACGAGGCCUUGCUCAUAUACGGAUAAAUCAGAGAAAUGAAGAUGGUGAAAUACACCAUCGUAUAGUGGCUCGAACAACGGGUAAUCAUCGUGUGGUUAUUAACUCGAGAGUACAUGCGGAUAUGUUUUUUGAAAGGGUGGAUCAGAAGCGAUUGAAAAUCAGCGCAACUACGCCGGAUUCCAAUGCGAUGCAGAUUUUCCUCGUCACUAUUGGGUUUUCUAAAACUGCUUUGAAUAUUGACGAGUUUUGUGCGAUUCUCGAUGGUAUACUCAAAAAAGAAAAAGCGUGCGAAUCUCUGAAAAGGAAACGGAAGCCGAAAAGAAGAACAGGAGCUGAAGGAAGGUGUGCUAAAAUGUAA